AGAUGGAGAAUAGCUGAUUAUCACCUUCCACGAAGUGAGUUAGGCUUGUAUGGUUCAGAACUGGCAGUGAUUCAAGAAGGAAUCACACCAAACACCCUUUGGCAGAUGAGGAAACUGAGACCCGGAGAUGUAAAAUGACUUGUUCACAGUCACACAGGUCCACUUGUUCCAGUUUGUUCCUUCUAGUCCUUUGGCAUCUGAGUGAUUGCGUGGGACGAGGUAGUCUGCUGACUUUCACUAGAGGCCCCUUUUGUCUGCUGCAAUUCUGCCUCCAUUCUACUUUGAGGAGGAUUCUUGGAAGAUCACCUACCUUUAAUCACCUGAUCACCAUUUAGGCCUGAGAUCAGUUGUAAGAACAGUUGCAGGAAGCAGUAUGGAAGAACGGCAAUGCUGAGUAGAAGGAUAGUUCAUCUCCAAGAGCUCCUGUUAGGCCAAAAAAAAACCAAAAACCCUUUAAAGCCACCUGGACUGGGAUGAGGCCAGAGGAGGCUUUGGAGUCGAGAAGCCAUUCCUUUUUGCUCUGAACCAGUUUGUUUUGUGCAGAAGAAACUAGUGUAUAAUAUUACUAGGGCUUUUGAAACGGGAAAGUUUGGGUUCCUCAUCUCUGAGUUUUUGUCUUAAGCCUGGAAUAUCUGCUGACUGUCCUGUAGCUACCUCUUUUCAUCCACAUACUUUCUACUUUUCAGUCUUCUUAUUCCUUCCUAUCAAUACUGGCCUGUUUUCUCUAUUCCCAAAUGUAAACCCAGUUGGGACAAAUUUGAGCAGACAUGAGAGAGUCUUCCUUUGAAAAUUGUUCUGCUGCCUGGGUCCCUUCCCUGCUAUUCAGCCAUCUUUUUUAGAGUCAAGAUGUCAGAAAAAGAAAAAAACAAACUCAGUAAGAAGCAGAGUACAUUAGACUCAGUUGAAGCCAGGUGCCAGGGCAUGUACCACCUUGCAUGUACCACCUUGGCUGAGACCAGUUCCCAGAGGCCAGCUGCCACUUCUGUUGUCCCUCAUGCUUCUUCAGCAUCGCUAAUGUCCCUUAGCUCUUUGGCUCUGGUGCCAGGAAGUAUGUACCAGACACUGAAAUUAGACUGGAGUCCAGUGAAAAGGAAUGGUUGAAGGAAGAGGCUGAGACUCUUUAAGAGAAAGAGCUAUAAGAAUAAGAAAGAGGAGAACCUCCUAGUCUUUCAAAGGAUUGUUUUUUUGCUCACACAUUGAUCAGAAGAUCUCAUCUUUGCCUGGUCAGAAUUAAGCUUGUUUGUAUAGUCGAGAAGGAAAAUUCAUACCAUCUGCAUCCAGAAGGGAAAGUAUAGCUCAUUGGCAUGGCAGUUCUUUGACACAAUUGUUGGAGAUAGUUCCUGGGCAAACUUCACAUUAUGCCAGGUCAGCAUUAAGGAGAACAAGGUAAAGGGAAGCUUUGGCAUCAGUGCCUUCAGUUGUCAUCUGGAAAGAAAUCGCCUGUUGGAAUAGAAUGGAGAAAGAAGAUGCCUCUCAAGAAGAGCAAGAUCCCAACAGAAAAAGGAAGUGGAGGAGCCUGGGAGAUCAGGUAGUGAGGGAAAGGAAAACGAGGAAUGGAGAUCAGAAGAGGGACCCUGAAACAGACUGCCUGGGACUUGGCCUGCAUCAAGUUGAUUAUUGGUACAAGGGACAGUGUACAUGAGGAGUGACUAUCUGAGCUGACCCUUGGAUGAAGCCAGAUCUCCACUGACUAAUACUUUCCCCAAUUCACCCACCUGCCCCUGGAUAACCAGACCCCAGACAACUGAAGUCUUCGUAGGGUUCAGGCCAUUGCCACCUACCCCUCAUGGAGCCCCAUGGGGAGAGAGCUGGAGAGGGGGAUAGGGUGCGUAUUACAGCCCAGAUGCUUAAAGCCUGGUCAGGUGAAUUUUCCCUGGAGUCCAUCUUAUUGCUGAAACUUUGUGGUUUGGGGCUGGUGGACCUUGGCUGCCUAGGUGAAUGUUUGGGGCUGGAGUGGUUGGACUUGUCUGGUAACACCCUGACUCACCUGGGACCCCUGGCCUCCCUUCGGCAGCUAGCUGUACUCAAUGUCUCUGCCAACCGCCUGACGGGUCUAGAACCACUGGCCUCUUGUGAGAGCCUGCAGAAUCUCAAUGUAGCUGGGAACUUGCUGGCUGGGGUGGGCCAACUGCAAUGCCUGACAGGACUGCAGCGGCUGGAACAUCUGAGGCUUCAGGACCCCUUGGCACGGCUUAGCAACCCACUCUGUAACAGCCCUUCCUACAGGGCUGCAGUGGGUGAGCUGUUGCCUGGACUAAAGGUCAUUGAUGGGGAGCGAGUGUCGGGUCAGGGAAGUGAAUUCUACCAGCUGUGCCGAGACCUUGACAAAUGCUUGCACCGGAGCCCAGGGUCUGUCUCUGUGCUUCCCCACUGUGAGGCCAAGCCCUGGGUGGAACCCAACUACUGGAAGCCACCACAGAUCCAGGGCAGCUCCAUCCUAGAAGAUGCAUGCCGCCAGUUCCAGGAUACCGUACAAGAAUGCCAGGAGCUGAGCCAGAAGGCUGAUGAUAGUCUGGCCCAGGCAGAGGAGGCCCUUAGACCUGCCAGUGGGGACACAACUUCCUUUGUCUUCUAAGCCCCUCAAGUCCCCAAUGUUAGGAGGGGAGUGGCUAGAGAAGGGAGUCUCCCAGAUGCCCCAGGCUUUGAAGAGCUCUAUAUAUAAUUGCAAACCUCCUUACUGGCCGCACAGAUUAUAUCCAGUUAGUUUUGUCCCUCUUAUUUGUUUCCUACACACUCUCAAGGAAAAUUAAAUCUAGAUCCUCAUUCUUGUGGAAAUGUUAUGUUUGAAUCCUCUUCCUUCUUUCUGUUUAUAUGUGCUCAUAGAGAAACCAAGCAUUCCAGGUCUCUUCUUGAGUAUCCUAUGCCUCCCCUCCCCACUCCUACUCCCACAAGACUGAUACCAAGAGAGCAAGUGCUUGUGCCUAAGUUGAUUCUGUGUCCUCCAUCCCUGUCCCCAGAUAGAGGACUAUGAUGGGGUACUGGCUGGGUAUGUAAAGGCUUCUUGAAAAAUAAAAUAUGCUA